AUUAGUCGAAUCAAUGGUUAAAUUAUUAGUAUCAGAUAGUAAUGAUGAUUUAGUUAAACCAAGAACUGGUUUAUUAAUUGAUUGGUUAGCAUCAGUUGAACCAAAGUUCAUUGGUAUAUGUCCAAAUUCACAAAUAAAGUUAUUAUUUGGUAAAACAAUGAUUAAUAUAAAAAUUGAUGAUAAAUUAAUUAAAACACAUGAAUGUCGUCCAUAUUUAUAGACAUUAUUAACACAUCGUGCUAGUUGGACGACAUUAUAUAAAUGUGUGCUACAUUUAUUAUUAAAAUAUGAUGAUAAUUAUGAUCCAUGAGAUUAGAUUUAAUACAACAUUGUAUUGGUAAUGAUGAAUUAAUAAUAUCAAAAGUUGUUAAAUAUCUUAUGAUGAUCAAUAAAUUUAAUAGUAAUCUAAUGUAUUUACACAAACAAUGGGUUUACUUGGAAUUCUACAACCACAUAUAUUUAAUGAUGAAUAUCGUCAAGCAUUUGAAAAAACAUUGGAUCAUUAUUUAUAAUGUUUUUGUCAAUAUGGACGUGUUAAAGAAAAUAAUCAAUUUUUAACACUUAUCAAUAGAUUUGUAACAUUAUUACAAUCAUAUGUAUUACAUAAUACACAAUAUGCAUAUAAAUAUCUUCAUAAAAAUAUACAUUCACUUAUUGAUAUACAAAAAUUCUUCUCAAAAGUAACAUCAUUACGUAAUUUAAUUUCAAGUAUACCAGGACCAAAAGAAGGUACAAAUGGUGAAAUUAUAUUUUUAAUUGGACAACAAAAAAUAAUAACAAAUGAAUCAAAAUAUCCACAACAUUGGCCAAAUUCGAUAGCAUCACUUGGUAAAAUACAAGGUGAAGAUGUUUAUUUACAAUUAAAUAUAAAUCAGCAUUGGAUAAAUUACAAGAUGUUAUAGCAUGCAUAUAAGGAAUUUUUUAUAAAUAUCGACAAAAAUAGUUUUAUAAUAAAUAAACCGAGAAAAAAAAAAAGUCUCGGGACAUGACUGCAGUCACAUGAUUAGUAUAUCUUUUAUCAAUUGUCAUUUUUUUUAAAAAAUAUAUUGAAAAGUGUUGAUAAUUUAUCAUCAAACAAUUACCUUUCAAAAAUAUUAUAUGAUAAUAUGCUAUGAGAUUAUAUGAUAAAAAGCUUAUUGGAAUCAUCAAAAUGACUGAAAGUUUGGUAAAUGAGUGGCUUGCUGAUUGUGCUGAUCAUUCACCAGCUGAAUUGCACACAUUUGCAAAUACCCUGUCACAAGAUCAUGAAAUAAUUAGAGCACUUUUUACAUUAUUAGAAGAAAGAAGUAAAAAUAGUGAGCUUGUUGAUACUGUUUGUAAUCAGCUAUUUAAUUUUUAUCGAUCACGUGAAAUUCAUUUGCAAAGAUUUACUCUACAAUUUGUACCAACAUUGAUAUUUAUUUAUCUAAAUUCAGUAGCUCAUGGUGACAUUAAAAAUUGUCGUUCUGUGGAGACUUUGUUGAUUGGACUUUACAACCUUGAAGUUGUUGAUAAAUCUGGUGAAAAUAAAGACAUCUCAUUUCGUUUACCAUCAUUGGCUAUGUUGUCAAUUUAUCACGAGCCAUCAAGUCUUGCUCCAGCAUCACUAACAGAAAGUGCUGUUCGUCGUUUUGAAGAAUGUAAUACAAAACUUGUUAGAUGGGGUCCACUUGAACAAGUUGAAACUUUAAAUGCACAAAAUAGACUUAAAAUAAUGACUGCAUUAUUGUUUGUGUUUAAUCAACAAUUGAGUUUUAUCAAAAAAUCAUCACUUGAACAAUUGUGCAAAGUAUCAUCAAAACUAGUUACACAAGGCUUUACAAAACCAGGACAUCAUCAAAGAUCAUCAUAUGGAAGCGAAUCAAGCUUUGUUCCAAGAUUGCUUCCACGUAUACCAAUUUCAAAUCAAUUUAUUCUUGAGCUUCUACAUGGCAUUUAUUUUUCAAUGUACAAUGAUUGUUGGAAUGUUGGUUGUCAAGCAAUUGAAGAUAUACACAAUAGAAUAUGUUACGAUGGUUAUUCCAAUGUAUUACUUGUUACAAAUGCCAUUAGAAAUUCAAUAAGUCUUGGACCAAUUGGACAAGCUAGUGAUAAUUCACUUGGUGUUGAUGUUGCUCUAUCACCAGCUGCAGCAACUCCAACAAUUUCAAAAUCAAUGAUAACAAAUGCAUCAUUUAGAACAAAAAAAUUACCAGAUGAUAUUCCAAUUGUUGAGAAAGAAGACAGCACUGUUGAUGCAAAAGUAAAUUUAGUAUCAAUAACUGAAGAAGAAGCAUCAUCAGAUCCAACAAGAGUUGGUUCAAUUCGUCAAGCUCGUGACAGCAAUAAAAGUGCAUCUAAAAUAACAAAUUUUAGCUUAACUAAAAAACCAAAAGACAAAGAUAAUAAUAAUGGUAAGUUUAAUAAAAAUGGAUAUACUCCAAAUGAUAAAGAUAAUAAUAAUAAAAAAUCAAAUAAUCAAUUAUCAAAUAAUAAAGAUAAUAUAAAAGGUAGUAAAGUUAUGUUAAAUAUUGAUGAAAAUGAUUCAACAAUACCAUUAGCCACAAUUAAAAAAAGAAAUGAUAGUGAUACUAAUUCAAUAAUUAUUGAUAAUGAACGUCAUUUAUCAAGUGAUGUAACUGACAGUGUAGAAACUGAUGAUACAAUUAGAAAUCAAGAUGAGCAAACUGUCUCAACUGUUCAAGUUAGCUCAGUCUAAUCAAUCAAUUAUAAAUUUAAUCAUAAAUUAAUUAACACAAUCAUUAUUUAAUUACAAAUUAAUUUUUC